UUUCACGGAUUUAUAUUUUUCAUUCUUGAUCAGACCACUAUUUAUUGCAGACGACACUUCCCGCGAAAUAUUGCUCUGCAGACGACGUUUUUUGAACGAGAAGCUGGAUGACCAAGAGCCGAUGUUUAAGCAUCACAAAUGAAACGACUGAGAUCGUCUGUUAUGGACAUAAAGGCAUUUCUGCAGUGCAAGAAACUCCGACGCUCCCAUAGACUGGAAGCAAAAGAGAUACCUGAUAUCAAGACAGAAGCUAUGAGUUCGGGUUCAUUAGGGCAUUUUGUUGUUCUUCCUUUAGAGCUGAAGUUUCUUAUUCUACGAUACCUCACAGUGGAAGAUUUAAGCAUUUUGACAAUUACAUCAAAAGCAAUGAGAAACCUGAUAGAAGGAUACAGGGUCCUUAUGCCACUAAUUCCAAAUGUACUCCUACAAAAGCUUCAUGUUUCCAAAAGUGCACAAGUUUCUCCACAAGAACAGCAGAAAAGUUACCUUGAAAUAUUUCACAGACUAGGUUUGCUUACCAAAAGGUCAACUUGCUUGUAUGCAACAAGAGACAGACUCAAGUUUGUAAAUGGGAUUUUGACAAAGAUGAUGUGCAAUAAUGCUGACUGUGAUAACUUGUCCCAAUGCUUGUCAUUGACAUGCUUUGGGAAAUUCCUCCACACUGUGAUAGCCGGAUGGGAUGAUUCAGAGUGUCAAAGAACCUAUGAUGCAAUCAUUCAUCACACAUGUCUUCUGAAAAAUGUCAAACUUGUUAUGAGCUCUAAACCAGGUACCCAUGCACAGAUUGAGUAUGAGGUGCGGAUGUUCCUUAGAAGAGUGAUAUUAGACCACUGUCAGUCAGUUGUUGACAGAGCAUUUUGGUUAGGAAGAAUUCUAAAACCUUGGCCUAUGGUUCAUCAAGCCAGAAUUUUAUUCAUGUUGUAUGGCCCAGAAUAUAAUGGAGAAAUCCAGUGGUUUGAGUUUUGUGAGAACACACCUGCCAAUCCUGAACAAUCUGCCAAACAUUUUGGAGAGUUGGCAAAUGCUAUACAGAUUCUCCACGGUUACCGUCAGGAAUGGUCAGAAGAUGACAUCAUCAGUGUCCUUGAUGAACUAACAAGUUCUCCAGAUGAAUGGCUAGCAGAGAAUGUGGCACACAUGCUGAUCCUUUGUGGUGAUGUUAUUACUUCCAAAAUGCUGAUGAGCAAAGCCAUCAAUGGAAGAACUAUAGAACUCUCCAGCAUUACUACAUCAUUUUGUGUGGUCUGUGUGAAGAACAGUUUCAGUUUAUCAUACGUGCUUGGUAUGAUACAAAACAUCAUUGGAGCCAUGGAUAAGCCAAAAGACAGACUUCAGUACUUCAACAGUUUGAUGGAUAUGUUUCGAGAACUUAUUUUGGAUAUACAUGAAUUUUCUGAUCAAGAGGAUGGCCAUGAAAAUGACAUGUACUUUAUGGUUACAGCCCUAUCUGAAUUCACCAAAAAAUUGGUCAUUUUGGCUUUCAAGAACAUGCUGACAACCUGAUGUGCCAAAGAUAGUCUAAUCACAAGGCAAAACUGGCUGUUUUUCAGAUUUAUCAAUGAUACAAAACAAAACAAAAUGGGCACUGGUUUUUUAUGGCAAUACAAAAUAUUAAAAGAUGGUGCAAUUAUUCAUACAACAUUAUAAAAAAAAAAAUAUUUGACCCAGUAAAACAGUAAUGGAAAGAAGUUACAAGUAAAACUGUUUUCGUGACUGUUAACUUAUUUGUUAAGUAUAUAAUGUAUUACAUUGUUACAUUUAAUACUUAUCUGUGAUCUAACCUAUGAUAUCACUCAUUAUGUUA